AUGCGUCGAAAUGGGAAACACAUCCGACGGAAGAACGAAGGUGACCCAUAUCCCCCGUAUACUCCUGUGGUCGAACCUGAUUGGACACGAUCGGUGCCUCCUAUUGAGCCAGAUAUGCCAAGAGAUUUACCGUCUGAAAUGGUGACUGGGAGUGGAAAACUGGUUCUGGAAGAACGUGGAUGUGACGAAAACUUUGAAAAACGGAAUGUCAUCACGAAUGUGGGUUGGUUUUAUACAGUGUGA